UACCCGUCAUUCCUGACACCUUUCAUUUCUGCAUCGAAAACAGAAUGGGGUGGUUGGAAGAACUUCAAGAGGCGAAAAAAUCAUCUAUCGUCGACCACACACUUAAAAAAGUCCUAUACGAGUUCAAGGAUGGGAGAGAACUGGUUGAAGAGUACGAUCUCCAAACCAACAUGAUCACCAGACGAGCGUGGAAGGUCAAAGAUCAAAUAGGAAAGCAGAAAGAGUGGGACAUAGAAUUGGGGGACCCAGAACCGAACAUUGAAGAUUUGAACAGACUGUCAAUCAGAGAAAAUUCAUCCCAGCCAAUCGUCAGUAGAAGGAACACGAAAAACAACUUGGAAUGGAGGAUAAGGAAUCUACCAUACCCCAUUAACACUUAUUCAGUUAUUUGUGACGAUGAGAAAGAAACUAUAGUUGUGAGGACGAGCAAUAAGAAAUAUUUCAAAACUUUGACUGUUCCUGAACUACAACGAAUUGGCUUAAGACCAAAGCAAGAUAACGUUUCAUUUGUUCAUAAGUGCAACACUCUCAUCAUUACAUAUAAGAAGCCAAAAGCGUUGUUAGACUUUGAGAAGUCCCUUUUUGAAAUAGUGAAAAACGUCGAUGCCAAACCACAGAAGUUUGAUCCCAACAGCUGCAAGCAGAGCUGAAAAAUUUGAGGGGUUAUAUGAGAUGAAAUUGAGAGGAUCCGUUGUACAUUUUCAGUUAAAUUGGGAAUAAAGUGGUGAACU